UAAAUUGCAAGCAAAUUUCUAAAUUUAUACAUUACUUAUAGGCUUGGAGAUGUUGGUUAUUUUUAGAACAUAACCUUUUCUAAUAACGCCUUCAAUAUUUCCCCAAAAUAGGAACUGACUUUUGCCUCUUUUUACAGUAAAGAAGUCCUAAAAGAAAUAGUUAAAGAAUGGAAGAAAUAGAGAAGGAGUUGUGCGGAAAUUGUAAAAAAGAAAUUCCACAUCACAAUUAUGUUAUGCACACAGCCCAUUGCACGCGAAACAUUUCGCUGUGUAACAUUUGCAAGGAACCUUUUCCAAAGUCCCAGAUUGAAGACCAUAAGAAAACAUGUGAAAAACCAUCAUCUCUAAGCAGCACACUGAGAAAAGUUUCGAUAACACCACCAUCAAGGCUUGAGGAAAGCUCAUACUUUAAAGAAAGGAAAGAAGUAGAAGACAAGAAGGCAGCAAAUCGUCAAGCUGCUAGAAUGCAGCGUAUGGAACGACUUGUUGAUUGUGGAGAAAUUGUAGGACGGUAUUCAUCAAAGAAAAACGAUACGCCUGCAGAAGUCAACGGUUAUGAGAGACAUAUAAACCCACAAUUAGCAAGGCACAACAAGGUAGAUUACAAUCAGAACAAAAGCCAAAAGAAUGAUAACAAUUUUGGAGGAGCGGUUCAGAAGAAAGUUGAGCCUCCGACUUCGUCAAAAAGCUCUCUGACGCCCUGUAAAUAUUGCGAAUUGGAGUUGCCAAAGCUGGAUCUGGACGACCACGAAAACUAUUGCGGGGCAAGGACAGAUAAAUGCCCUGAUUGUGGGGAAAUUGUCAUGUUCAAAUACAGGGAUUUACACCAAGACACCAACCACGGGUUCUUGAAACUAAAUGAUGAGCCAGGUCCUCGGCCUUCAUGGGAAGCCUCAAAGAGUCCCAGCAGGACUUCUAUCCCAGAGUCUCCGACAAGAAGAAAUCGUUCUUCGAAUUCGAUCUUUAGAACUUUUAGUGGAAUUGAAAAUUUCAUCCCUCCUUCAUAUGGAAUUACGUCGAGCUAUUCAUCUAACUCUCUCAACUCUAAUAAGUCAGAAAAAUUGGAAAGCAGCAAAGAAAUUUCCCGAAGACUGGACUGUAAAACUGAAUAUAUCCGAAAUUUACUUCAUGACUCUGCGAGCAUAACUGCACCCAUUAGAUCAACUGGCGCGGUCCCACGUAAUCAUUAUAAUCAUAACAAAGGUCCUGCACCGCAGCCCCCACGUUAUAGAAAUCCUCCUACGGAGCUUUUGAUCCCCUGCGAGUUUUGCGACACUCCUAUACCCCACGAGGACCUGAUCCAGCACGAAACAGGCUGUCGUCCAGACUUAACCCGAUACAACUAUCGCAGACGUCGUUCCCCGUCACCCCCCAAUCGUCAGGACGAUGAGGAGGAGCUCCCAUGUGAGUUUUGCUCUAAUUUGAUACCUGCUUCUCAAUUGUGGCGCCAUCAAGAAACAUGUAACUGAUUUUAUAAGGCUUUAUGGGAGUUAGUGAUUGAAAAUGUUUUUUCUUUUUGUUUCUUUUUGUAUUGUAACGGUUCUUCAACUGUUUUUUGAUUAACUUUUGUUUAUUUUAAUUCAUAAUUGUCAAAAUAUUUCGAAAUAUUAAAAGGUAGGCUGCUCUGUUUGUUUCAGUCAUUAAAAAAUGUCUUUAAAAUGGCAUAACUUAAGUUUUAGUCAAUAUGCUCUUCUAAAAUGAUUUAAUUAUGUUAGAAAUUAAUUAAGUUGAUUAAGUUUGCUCAAAACUUGGUUAAUGUGGUUUAAAUGACUUUAAAACGUUAUUGUUUAUUAUAUUUAUGACUUACGUUGGUGCUUUUUCCCUGUAAAAUUAUUUUAAAGAAGGCAUUUUGUCUUCCAGAUAUAAUCAAUAGCUUUAACUAUAAAAAUAAACUGUUGAUAUGUUUAUCGGAAAUGUUAUUAAAUAGUUUUUUAUUUUGUUUAUACAAUUUCGCAUGACUUUAACAAAUAAAUAUUAAAAAAAUAA